GCGCACCGUUGUCUGGCUAGCGGUAUCGUUAGUGGAUGCCUGUGCUGUUGUUUUGUUACGGCACUUCGUCGUGUCUUUACGGUCCGUAGUGAAAGAAGUAGAAGCUGGCCAGAGGCAGGACGUAGUCAUCGCCUGAAGGAACUUGAUUGUUCGCAAUCUGUGCUCGAAAGUAUCGGUGGACGAUUGAACUGCGAUGGGCCCUCGUGAGUUACCGACCGGUUUAGUAUGGGUGGCAGUGUUCCAGGUUUUGUUGAUUGUAUUCGACGUUUCGUGCCACGGUCACAGUCACCACAAUGAACUCAACAAAGAACGUGCGCAAGACGGUGCAGUCGGAUCCAGGGGCCAAAAGCACCUCGCUUCCGAGCAGCACGACACGAGCUUUGAUCACGAAGCAAUCCUCGGCAGCAGGGAUGCGGCUGAAGAGUUUGACCAGUUGCCCCCUGAGGAAGCUAAGGCCAGGUUAAAAGAGUUGGCAAUCAAAAUGGACAAGGAUAAAGAUGGAUUUGUUGACAGGCUUGAGCUCAUUGACUGGAUACUACGCUCUUUCAAGUUGCUUACACAAGAGGAGGCCGCUGAGAGGUUUGAAGACGAAGACAAGAAUGGUGAUGGAAAGGUUACAUGGGAUGAGCAUGUGAGCGAAGCCUUUGGAUCACCGCAGAAGAUCUCGGACAGUGACAGUGAAGAUAACGACUUGAGGCUGCUCGAAGAAGAUGAUCGUUAUUUCAAAGCAGCAGAUGUAAAUGGAGAUGGCGUGCUAGACAAGGAUGAAUUUCCCAAGUUCUCCCAUCCAUCGGAGUUCCCAGAAAUGCAGGAGACAUUGUAUGAAGAGACAAUGAAACGCAAGGAUGUGAACAAGGACGGCUACCUGAGCCUUGAAGAGUUCACGACAGAGGACCCGGACAAGCCUCUCAGCAAUGAGCAGUACAUAGCAGAAAAGGAGCGCUUCGAAGUGGACUACGACAAGAACGGGGACAGAAAGCUCGACAAAGAGGAAACUCUCAACUGGCUGCUACCAGGAAAUGAUGAGAUUGCCGAACAAGAAGCAGAACAUCUCAUAGCCAACGGGGAUACCGACAACGAUGGCAAGCUUUCCAUACAAGAGAUUGUUGACCACCAUGAACUCUUUGUUGGGAGUGAGGCGACCGACUAUGGCGAGCAUCUACACAACACCAGCCGAUUCAGUGAUGAGCUAUAGGGUCACGUCAUCAUUUUGUGUAUCGUGUGCGUGUGUCUUCCUGUGAGUUUAUGGAUACAGACUGAAGCAACUCCGGGCGUGGCUGUCCCUCGUGAAAACCGUGUUUUAUAUAAACUUGGUUCUUGCUCGUGUAAGUUUGCGUCAUGUCGUGUUUGUGCGUUAGGCAGGUAUGUCUGCGGGUGCUUCUGGCAAAGUGAAUUAUUCUACAAACAGCUGAAGACCAAGGAUACAAUAAAGAAUCUCUAUGCCUUCUGUU